AUGGCCGAAGAAUUUGACAACGUUGACUUCCUAUCGCAAGAGGCGGCUGUUGGACGACCGUCUGCGCCGCAGCGAACAGCAAGUCCUGCUACAACAAACACACCCGCAAGAGUGGUCCAGCCAAAGCCACAAGCGCUGCCUGGAAGACAGGGUCCUUCGGCAAUAUUGGUAUCAACUCGACAAAAGGGCAAUCCAAUCUUGAAACAUGUUACACAGCUUCCCUGGGAAUACUCUGACAUACCGUGCGACUACGUCCUCGGCGCAACAACAUGCGCAUUAUUCCUGUCUCUCAAGUACCAUCGCUUGCACCCAGAAUACAUCUAUAGCCGGAUCCGCCAGCUGGGCAAGCUCUACAACCUCCGAAUCCUGUUGACCAUGGUUGACAUUACGAAUCACGAGGAGGCUCUGAAAGAACUAUCCAAAACCUCGAUGAUCAACAACUUGACGUUGAUCCUGUGCUGGUCGUCUCAAGAGGCCGGUCGCUAUCUAGAACUCUUCAAAUCGUAUGAACACGCUUCGUCUGCAUCGAUUCGAGCCCACCAAGCAGAGACCUAUCAGGAGAGUCUCACCGAAUUUGUUACGACACCACGAAAUAUCAACAAGACCGACGCUGCUAGCCUGAUUAUGAACUUCGGCUCCCUUCGAGCAGCGGUAAAUGCGGAGCCAGAAGAAUUGGCUCUGGUACCAGGAUUGGGCGAAAAGAAAGUCAAGACUUGGUACAGUACUGUCCGGGAACCAUUCCGCGUGAGAAGAGCUGCCAAAUCUAAUGCAGCCAUGCUGAGACAAGAAACCUCCUUGUUCUCUGAGGAAGCUAGCACUCCGGAGUCAAGACCAGGGAGCGGACACACGCCGAUCCCCAUUGGUGUUGUACCCAGCCUUAGCAGGCAAGGGUCAGCUGCUGUUGCGAUACAGAAUCCAGCCGAGGCGGGCCCAAGCCAUAAGCGCCCUCGACUGGAAGAAGUUACCAUGGACGAUUUGGAUGAGGAGGAAGAGGCAGCACUUCUUGCUCUUGCCGAUGUAGAAGGCGCAAAAGCAAAAGAACAAAGUUCACGACCGCCCCAGCCACAGCGUGGCAAAGAACCAGAGUUGAGUGCAGGUGUUGCGGCAGCUCUGGCAAAACUACGACAAAAUGGAUGA